AUGUCUUCCUCAAACGCUGAAGGAGGUUUAAGACGCAGUACGAGAAAUAAGCAACCAAAAGAUAAUAAAGGAAAACUGCAAAAUCUGGUUGAAAGCGAGGGGGUUCUCUCCCAAACCAAGGCUGCUGCUGCGGAUGCGCAAGCCUCGUACAUUCAGCCAGGUUCCAGUAAAGAUACUGGUGCGUAUACAACCAACCAAAGUCAGUCGGUUCAGUCACAGUCGAAGCCCCCGUACAACACUCAAGAGGAGCAGCCAAGCCCAGAUAGUAUGGGAGAAGCGGUUCCAGAUGAAUCUAACGACCAGCCUAUGGGAGACGCUGAGCCUGAAAGGAAACCAUUAGAAUCCCCUAGAGCCAGCCCAAGGUCGCGUUAUAUAGCUGAGAACUCAGCUGAAUCUGGUAGUCCCUCUCCUGUCGGCCCCAAUGACUCGUCGGAAUUCUCGGAUGAAGUCCUGACCGACCUGAAGAAGCUCUCAAUUGGUCAUGAUCACGACGGAGAACCAGACGCCUGGAGUCGUCUUGGACGGUCAAAUAUAUUGCUGGUUCGGUAUGGACCCUACAAAGCGGCAAAAUACCGGGUUCAGCCUGGAAAUGGGUACAGUACCCAAGGGCUGCAGAAAGUAUCCAAACUAAAGACCCGAAUUUCGUACGUGAUGUACGAAGGGGAGGACGGGGAAGACCAUUAUAGAUACAGCAGGGACAACAUCGUCGGCAUUGUCGGUGUGGCAUUUUAUGAAAGAAAAAACAUUGACAAGGUCUACAAAACAGCUCCCCCGGCCUUUGUCAAAGUUAAAUGGCAAGGAAUCGAUGCUGCGCAUCAGAACCUGUUGACCAGAGGCAACUCCUGGAUUACCAAGGCAGAUCUAGUUAGACUCACCGACUUAGCCACAGCAGAGCAAAAGAUCUCCGAGGCUUGGGUGAAGCAGGAAUUGGACGAUGAGGACGAUGAAGACAAUGACCUGUUUGUCGAUGGCUUCAGUACUAAUGCUCAGAACGCCAGUGGUCAGGAUAGCAACGGUCCGAACAACAAUGGCCUCAAUAAUGAUAUAAGCAGCGGAUCUGGUCAAAAUCGGCCUCCACCAAAAUUAAGCAAGUUCUAUAAGAGAUGGUUGGGAAGAGUGGGAAUUCCGGAAACUGAUUUCAGUAGCCUCGACGAUAAAUACAUUGCGAGAUUUGAAGCUGCUGCAUACGUUUAUAUGGACGAGCUGAGGAAGCAAGGCUACGUUGUAGAAGAUGAUAUGGAUAUGGAUAUAGGUGUGGAUAUCUAG